AUGCUAGUGUUCCAUUACAUCGUUAUCUUCUGUGAAGCUGUUGCUAUCUAUGGUGUUAUUGUGGCUAUUAUCCUGCAGAUAAAACUAGAAAGUGUUCCAAAAGCAAGUAUCUAUGAACCAGAAUCUCUUAGAGCUGGAUAUGCAAUCUUUGCUUCUGGGCUUAUUGUGGGCUUCGUAAAUCUUGUUUGUGGGUUGUGUGUAGGAAUAAUUGGAAGUAGCUGUGCAUUGUCUGAUGCUCAUAACUCCUCCCUCUUUGUGAAAAUUCUUGUGAUUGAGAUCUUUGGCAGUGCACUUGGCCUAUUUGGAGUUAUUGUUGGAAUUAUUAUGUCGGCUCAAGCAACAUGGCCCUCAAAAAUUUAGUUUCCCUUG